AUGGAAAGCGUACACCCACUCAAGGGCCUCCUGCAGCUGCAACUCGCUUCAGACGCGUCUGCGGUGCUGCACCUCCCAUAUGUCCUCGAAACCAUCUCUGCCCAGCACUUCGUCCCGUCCCCGCACACUCAGAAAUGGUGCACACGCGUCAACUCCCUCAUACACUCUCGUGACCCCGGCGCACGAUGGAGUGGUCUCUGCCUUGCGUUGCAGACAUCCAUUCACUCGAGGAGCCUCAUGAUGGAGUACGCGACCAGUUGGAUUGGCGUUGCACUUCCGUUACUCUCAAAAGACGAGCCUGUAACGAGCCUUAAGGCGGCCAUCCGUUUGCUCCGACGCAUAUUCUCAAGCGCAAUGGACGUUGCAGAGUUCCAGCGACAAAUAUGCCUCCCGAACGUCCCAAAAUUCAGUGCCGCACUCAUCCCAUUGGCAGACAAACACACUGAUGCAGAUAUCAAGCUACUCGCCUUGAACACCUUGACGCACUUAGUGCCUCUAUUCCCGACCUUGCAUAGGAGCCUGCAUCUAUCUCUCUCGUCGGCAGCUCUUAAUUAUCUGAACGGCUCAACACCAAGGCCAACGCCAGCCCCGCUGACAACUGCCGCCUCACAACUCUAUUCAAUACUGCACGUCACCGGCGGAAAGGUCGGUGCUGCGAACGUAUGGCGCAAGUCACUCGACGACACCUUGGGGUUUGCGUGGAACGCACUUGCCUGCAUGCGGAAGACGUUCCAGCCUGCGGCUCACGGGCAGACUGCUCCCCCUCUCAGCAGCGAAGACCCAGUCGUGGCGAUUCCCCUCAAUCUGGAUCGUCUGCGAGCUGCGGUACGCAUCAUGUGCGACAUACUCCACGCCCCGACGUCGAGACCGGUGGCUGUCCCUGUUGGCCCACUCGUUAAGUUAUGUCUGGCAAUGCUGAGGUGCACGCCGGAACAGAAGGGAGCAGAAGGACACAUUGACCUGUCGACGCGCGCAAUGGAGUUGGCGGUCAUUCCUUCAAUCUGGACUCUGGCAUGCGAAUUAUUGCAAAGCGUUGCGGAGAGCGUACAUCGGCAUCUGCUGCCUUACCUGCCGCAGCUCGCCUCACACCUUGCGUUCCACCUAGAGCAACAGCGCACACCGUCCGAACGUCUCAGUUUCCUGAAGGCGACUCAUGCGUUGCUCACAGCGUGUCCCCAUUUGCAUGACACCAUCACAUCCUCGAGGUUGGCGAGAGCCGUUGCACCUGCACCAUCAGUUCUUCUCUCGACGAAGUCUCAAGGGCAACAGGAUGCAGGUGUCGGUGCUUCAAAGUCAAAGAACCGCAAGGGAAAGAAGAGGGCUCGUGGGUACGAAGGUGACGAAGUCUUCAACGUAGCAGCAGACGUCGUCUGCACCAGCGAAACGGAUGGAAACGUCCUCCUUACGUCCAUAGAUGUCAUUCGGUUGGUACUCCGAAAUUCACAACUCCCUCCGGCAGUGCACUCCCUCUUGUCCCGGGUGCUCUUGGCAGUCUACGUCUCCCUCCCGCAGAUGCAGCCCGCACUCGUGUCCGCAGACCUCUCCUUACAUGGUAAGGUGCACGAGAAGGUCAGAGCGGUGUGCAUCGAGCAGGCAUCAGGCACUAGCAACGUGUUGAGCAAGAGCCUCGGACUGGUCGUCUCGGGCAUGUCCCCCGGCCAGCACGACACGGUGAACAUCAUGCGGGACGUCGAUCUUCUCCUGCACCCACGCGUACCGCCGCUAGUGCGAUCGCUGCCUCACGUAGAGAUGCUCUCCCUGUUUCGCGAGGAAGAAGGCGACGAGGAGGCGGAGAUGCGCAAGGCUAUGGGGCUGGCAACUGCGGAGGAAACUCUAUCGACGCUACCAUCGACUACACAAAAUUUCGCAACGCCACCGGGACCGGCACGCUUUACCCAAAUGGUCCCGGAAACAUCCACUGCGCACAAUACGGCCUCCUCUAGUCAACAACAGACCGAUACAUUACAUGCACAGGGUCUUCCGGUCCCGUCGCAUCCUACGCUGCCUACAGAAACAAGUACGACGUCAGCUCCCUUCACGCCCGUGAUACAGCCAUCGACAGCGUCUGUCCCCUCUGAGGUACGACCGCAGAUGCAGGGGUCAGCGCCGAUGGACGAGGACGACGAGGACGAGCCGAUGCCGACCAUAAACAUGGACUCCGACUCCGAUGCGGACAGCUAG